AUGAAUAUGAAGGAUGUUCAGAAGCCAAGGCACAUAUAUCGUGUUGGUUAUAAGUUCCCAAAGGUGUACCAAGAUGGUUUUCUUGGUUUAGUCAAGAGAUUCCCUACUAACAAUUCAGACUUCUUCAUAAGAGAUUAUGGGUGGAUUCUGGUUAACUUAGAGUCUCUGUCGAGCGAUUUUCAAAGGGAUAUUGUUCACACCCUGUUGCAGUUUUAUGAACGUUCGCUGAGAUGUUUCGUGUUUUCGGAUUUCUUAUUGGCACCCACUUUGGAGGAGUACUCCGACCUUCUUGACAUUCUAGUGUUGCAUCAGGUUUUGUUCCAUGCUGGUAUGAAGGAGCCAAAAGUUGCUCAUAUCUCCGCAACUUUAUUUUCUCAGGAAUCCGUCAUGAAGGAAGCAAAUGUCAAAGCUGAUAAGAAAGACUGGAAGGCCUUCAACGCCAUUAUUGCUUGUUGUAUCUAUGGUAUUAUGUUGUUCCCGAACGAGAGGAAGUUUGUGGACAUGAACUCCAUUUCUAUCUUUAUCCAGAAGAAUCCGAUGCCCACUCUUUUGGGAGACCUGUAUCAUUCUGUGCAUUCUAGAAGCGAUAAAGGCAAAAGUGGAGUGGUUUUCUGCUAUGCUCCGUUGUUGUAUCAAUGGUUCGCUAGUCACCUUCCUUCGCAAGGGGCAUUUGUUGAUACACAUCAUACUAUGAGAUGGUCUAAUCGCUUGAUGGGGAUAACCUCCAAAGAUCUCAAUUGGUACAAGCCAGGCUUGGGAAAAUUGGGGAACAAAGAAAUUAUUGUCAAAUGCGGCGGAUUUCCUAAUGUCCCUCUCUUGGGCAUAAGAGGUGGAGACAAUUUUAAUCCUACACUUGCUAGAAGGCAGUUGGGGUAUGCACUGAGGGUACCUCCGGUCGAUCAGGAAAUGAUGGAAUCCUUGUCUUAUAAUGUGCCUCAUAGUACUGGGAUGAUGGAGAAAGCUACCAAAGCCUAG